UGGUUGCUUAAUAUUGUUAAGCAUCGUUUAUAGGAAGCUUGAAAAAUAUUCAUACUGAUUCUCAUGCCCCGCCUUCACGUCAAUCAUUCGGAUGGAUGAACGUGACUCUAUCCGUUGCACACACGAUACAGUCGUUCUAUUCGAUUGAACCUAGCGACCAGCGAACAUCAAUCUAUCCAUAGCUAUUAUAUCAACCAAAAUAUUAUAUUAACAAUGCCUUCAACUAGAGGAAAAUCUAAAAAUCAAAAACAAACAAAGAAGAAAAGUGUGGAGAAGCCGUAUGCGAAAACGCCGUCAGAUAGCUCUAAUGAGGCAACUAAUAGUAAUCUCAAGGAAUCGGUAGAGACUCUAACCAAGGCAGUCAACAUUCUCGUUGACAAGCUAGAGGCCCCGUCAGGACCAUCAGACCCGCCGGUGCCCACACCCUCGUCAUCGGCGGAGAGAAACCUGGAGCCUUGGGAUGCAUCUUUUAGUACAAUCGUACGAGGACUUGGCGAGAAAGGUAUCCAUCCAAAUGAUAUCCCGAUGAUUGAUGUAAUUUCUCCGAGUGUAAAACGGGCCAUUCUCGCGGGAAAGUACAUCAACAUGGCUUGUCUGUUAAUACCGUAUUAUGAGAUAUCAAAAGCCCCGUCCCUGGAUACAGAGGCCGACGGAAAACUGACGCUCAAGGCUGUUAAUAUGGAUAACGACCCAAAACUAAAGCGCCAUCUCACCAUUGCAGAAUUCAUCACGGCCUUCGAAAAGUAUAAGCGAAUAAUGUUAGCCGCUUACCCCUCCCGCGCCGAUGAACUUAGCCAAUACAUGUACAAUAUUCUGGAUAUUCACAACACAAACGGUGCCGUAUUCUACGAAUACCACAAGUUAUUCACAGGAAGAGCGUGCGCCGCUUGGAUCAAUCAUCAAAUCAAAGUUGACUGGGGACAAGUGGACACUCGCCUAUUACAGCUCGUCCUCAACUCAAAGCACGUUGAUGUCGAUAAUGGAAAAACAUCACAAUCCGAGGCAAAACGGGGUAAACAAAACACAGAUAGACAAGGCAGAAAAGUGAUAUACUCCGAAGACGAACGCGGAAGAUCUAGACCUGUUUGCAACAACUUCAACUCGGAAGGCGGCUGUCAUUACGAUGAUUGUUACAGGCUUCACGUCCGCGUAGAUUCCGAAGGCAGGAAAAUCUCCCCGUCCUCUCGUUCAUCUAGGAAAAACGAGGGAAAGAAUAAAAAUUGA